AUGCAGAAAGACGGCACACAGGCAGCAGAUGUCGACUAUAUUGAAAACACCGGACAGCUCCCAAAGCCCACAGCUCCUCCAGAAAGAACAUGGAGCAAGGAUGAAGAGAGAAAGGCGCUGUGGAAAUUGGAUCGCUUCUUGAUCCCAUUGCUCGGCGGAUUGUACCUCUGCUCGUACAUGGACAGAGGUAACAUUGGCAAUGCAUACACAGCUGGGAUGGGCAAAUCUUGGGGUAUAACCUCGUCUCAGUACUCCAUGGUUGUGACCGUUUACUACAUUGCUUAUAUUUGUUUUCAUUGGUUGAUUCUAGCUUGGAAGGUUGUACCGCUGCCUUUAUGGGCAGCAUGCAUGGCAAUUGGAUGGGGAACUCUUGACAUGAUCCAAGCCAGCACUACCAAUUAUGCAGGCUUACUUGUGUGUAGGAUUCUAGUCGGAAUAUUCGAGGCCGGUUUUGUUCCGGCUAUCGCCUUAUACUUGAGUUUCUUCUACCAUCGGCGCGAAAUGGGCUUGCGUUACGGACUUUUCAUGGCUUGUUCGCCAUUGGCUAAUGCGCUGGCUUCUGCUAUUGCGUAUGGCGUUGUUACUGGUCACGAAAAGCUUGCACACUGGCAAAUUAUCUUUUUGAUUGCACCAACUCUGGUUCUUGCAAUUGUUGCCUACUUCUACCUCCCGAAUGGUCCAUUCGAAUGCCCUUUUCUCAACGAACACGAUAACCACAUCAUCGGGCAACGAGCAGUAAUCGGCCGUGGAAGGGACCAGGAAAAGAAGAUCAACAUCAAGCAAGCCUUUGCGGCAUUCUCUGAUUACAAAAAUUAUCUACAAGCCGCCAUAAUCUUCUGUUUGAACACGGCAUUUGGCUCGCUCCCGGCCUAUCUACCGACAAUUCUUGCAAACAUGGGAUUCUCAACAAUACAGGCAGAGGGACUGUCUGCUAUUCCUUAUCUUGCAUCGUGCGUCUUCUGCAUCAUAAUCAGCUUCAUCUCCGAUUACUUUCAAGCAAGAGGUAUUUUCAUUGCUUUCUUUUCUGCACUAGGAGGUGCGGGAUACGUGAUCUUAGCACUGGUAGCAGAAAACGCUGUGCGCUUCUUUGCUACAUUUUUGAUCUGCGCCGGUGUCUUCCCAGCUGUCUCUCUUACCUUCACGUGGGUGACCGACAACCAAGGAUCUUCUUCCAAGCGUGGUGUCGGUCUUGCUAUAUUCGGGAUGAUUGGCCAAUGUGGUCCAUUACUGGGUGCCAGACUUUUCCCGUCAAGCCAGGGCCCAAUGUUCUCGAAAGGCAUGUGGAUUUGCGCCGGUGUGCUAUUUGGAGCUGCGGUGCUGUCUCUACUUCUUCGGAUCCUUGUAUCUCUCGAGAAUUCUCGUCGAGAUCGUGAGUAUGGACCCAGUGAUCCUGAGUAUGCACCUGCCGAUCUGGCAGACCAAGGUGACGAGCAUCCCAUGUAUCGCUUCGUCUUGUAG